AAUUUAGAACAAAGAUAAAAUGGGAAAAUAAGUUGUUGGGCUUUGCAUGAAGUGUGGUUGCUUUACACGGUGUCUGUGCACAAGAAGAGAACGGGGGGCAGAGCGACGCCGUGGUUUGCAGAUGCAUGUUUGUGAGAGCAUCCAUUUCAAGGCGAUGCCAAUUUCGACCUUAGGACGCGGUGCACAGUUCUCGGAGAACCUUGCCUUUUCUCCCCUCCGACCUCGGAAGUCAGUUUCCUCGAGCAGCUGACUGACUCGCUCCUUCCCUUCUUGCGCAGUCACAGCAGACUCAGACUGACUGCGUUUCAUAACAAGCCUGUUUACUUGGAGGGAGAGAAGGUAUCCGACGCCAAUUCUAGCGGGCAUCUUGCGUCUUGCUCGCCGAGUGGAAUUUGCGGACCGCAGCGCUAAAACGCAAAACAACAACAAAAAAAAAAAAAUAAAUAAAAAUAAAAAACUAAGGAAUCAACGGACAUUUAAAGUUAUCCUGGAAGUUGCAAAAACAUGGAAAUUUGUGGCUGCUUGACGGUGACUGGGAAAAGCCUUGUUGUACUCGGACUUCAAUUGUUAUUCCUUAUAACGCUCGGGGUUCCGGUUCGAAGCGGAGAUUCUGGAUUAAAGGACAAGAUUACCGUGCGACAAGGGGACAGCGCCGUGUUAAAAUGCAGUGUGGACAGUAAUGUGUCAAGAGUGGCAUGGCUCAAUCGGACCACCAUUCUUUUUGCAGGAAGAGAGAAAUGGUCUCUGGACCCUCGUGUCACUCUGAUGGAAAAUGGAGCAGUUACGGAAUACAGCAUCGAGAUCCAAAAUGUUGAUGUAUAUGAUGAGGGACCUUAUGUCUGCUCCAUCAUCACAAAUAACAAACCGAAAGCCACAAAAGUCCAUCUCAUUGUUCAAGUACCUGCCAGUAUCACAAAUAUAUCAAAGGACAUCACAGUAAAUGAGGGCAGCAACAUCAACCUGAGGUGCUUCGCGGUGAGUCGACCAGAGGCAAGCAUCACAUGGAGGCAUCAUUCCCCAAGAGGCUUUCAUACAUUUGUAACAGCUGGGGAGCAUCUGGAGCUGGCUGCCAUCACCAAAGAUCAGUCCGGAUCAUAUGAGUGCAUUGCUUCAAAUGGCAUAUCGGCCCCUGAUGUCAGGACUGUGCAGGUCACAGUCAACUAUCCUCCCUUAAUUUCCAAGGUAAGGGGUACAGGUACUGCAGUUGGACAUAAAGGAGUCCUUCAAUGCGAAGCUUCUGCUGUCCCUCGAGCAAAUUUUGAAUGGUACAAAGAAGAAAGUAGGCUUUUCAAUGGCAUAAAUGGGAUAAAGAUAGAGAAUCAAGGCAAACAGUCACUGCUCAUCUUCCUCAAUGUUUCCGAGGAAGACUAUGGGAACUACACGUGUGUUGCCAUGAACCCCAUGGGGAUCACUAAUGCCAGCAUAAUUCUUUAUGGACCAGGCGCAAUGCAUGACGUCAAUGGGGCAGCUGUUUUGUCCCACUUCUCCCUCUGCUCCUUGAUGUCGAUGACCUUGCUCUACCGGCUGCUGAAGUUCUGAUGUUUCUAGGACAACCAGCAAGUUUCACUCUGCAUUCAACAAGAACAGACUCUUUGCCUUCUAAAACAAAUAAAAAUCAAGAGGCACCAGUGGUUAACCCUUUGUUCUGAGUUUUCUCAAUCUCUUCUUAUUUUAACCUGGGGUCUGUUCUCCCUAUAAAAAGAGGAAUCAAUCCCAUGAAGGGAAAAAUCGGAAUCGUGCAUACUAAUAAAUGCUGUUAAAAUCCUGAGUUUGUGUAUCCCCGAAAAUUUUGUAUGUGAAAAAGAAAAAAAAAUAAACGUAACUGUUGAUAGUUGACUGUUCUUGCCCAAUAUCAGAGUGCACAUUUUGAUUAUUAAUGUGUAAUGUCUAUGAGUACAAUACAACGUAUCUUUUUUUAAGUACGUGAUAAAAGGGAAAUGAAUUGUUGUGUUUAAUCUGACUGUAUUUUUACAGUUACAGUAUAUGCAAAACAGAAUAAGACACUUCAUGAUAAGCAGUGAACCACACAUAGUACAUCAUGAAUUCUCAGGCAAGUCCUAUUACUUAAUGCAUCUAAAUUGUAUUUUACAUUAGUGUAGUAAAUGUACAGUAUAAAGGAAAAAUACAUUAUGAUUUUGUUUGUUUAUGUACAGUAAAAUUGAAAGACGCCUCCACUCAAUGGCAUAUUCAACACAAAAGCACUGAUGUGUUUUUCUCUGCUGGAGCAUGAAUUGAACAUGUUUAAAAGUACUUCAUACGUCCAGUUUUUAUGAGAUGUAUAAUUUCAGUAGAUGCUCUGCUUUUUUUUUUUUUUUUUUUUUUUACUGUAUGUUGUCAGUCACAACCCACUUAUGCAAUCUGCAAAGCGAACAGAAGAAAUUUAGAAAGUGUUUUCAUGAUAUAAGUUACUGGAUUUUCAUACUGUGGAUGUAUGUAUUUUACAGUCACUAUAAUGUAGACCAACCGAGAAAAAUGCAAUUAAGGGAAUUUAUCAAAAAGUGUCCAUCAAGGUUUAAAAUAACUGCCAAAAAGUUACAUGAAAAUGGCCUACAUUACAAUCUAUAGAAGGAAGUUUGUAUUAGAAAAAUGGCACAGCAAAGUUAUCACAUAAAUGUAAUUUGAAGAAAUACAUUUUUAAAGAUGGUUAACCCGUAUCCUAAUAAUGUUUUUGCUGAUGUAUUCCUUAUAUUCAUUGUCGGGUAUUAAGGAUGCAAAAUAUUUCAACCAAUCUUUUUCCUUAGUGCAUUUCGUCACUAGGGUCAGAGUCGUGCUGGAGCCUAUACCAGCUAUAUUUGGGCGAAAGGGAGGGUACACCCUGAAGUGGUCACCAGCCAAUCACUGGGAACAUGCAGUAUAUUCAGACAACCAUUCACACCCUCACUCACACCUCUGGGCAAUUUAAAGUCUUCAAUUAAUCUAUUGUGCAUGUUUUUGGGUUGUGGGACGAAGGCAAAGUACCCGGAGAAAACCAAUGCUGGUAUGGAGAGAACAUGCAAACUCCCUUCAAGCAAGGCUGGAUUUGAACCUGUGUCCUCAGAACUUUGAGACAGCUCUCCACUGGACUGUUGUCUACCAUGCUGCUCAAAAGAUUUCAGCAUUAUUUAUUUAUUUAGCCUUCAGUUAUCCAGGUGAGCGUGGCACACUGGUCAACUGAUUUGCACAUCUGCCUCACGUUUGGGUUUUCUCCAGGGACUCCAGUUUCCUCCCAUAUUUGAAUAAGCAUAAAUUGUAGGUUAAAGGAAGACUCCUAAGUUGUCUGUAGGUUUCAAAGGUUAUUUUUCUAUUUGUGCACUGUGAUUAGCUGGCAUACAGUUCAGGGUGUAACCCACCUCGUGCCCAAAGCCAGCAGAUAUGGGCUUCAUGACCCAAGUGAGGAUAAACAGUGCAGAGGUUUGGUUUGAUGAUGGAUGAAUAGCGACAUCAGAGUAAAACAAAGUAAAAUAAAAGCAAAUACAAAUGCAUCCAAAACAUAACUAGAAAAUAUGUGCUUCAGUUUUCAUUUGUUGCUGUUUUUGCCACAAACAAGAAUAUUUCAUACAGAGAGGUCAAAUAAUGUUCAACAAAUGUACCAUCUAUCGACCUGGUGGAUAUUUCAAGUUAAAUGAAAGAGAUGCCUUUAACCCUAUUCGACAAAGCUAAAUGGCAGAUGCUCUGCUUGAAUUUGGAUGUAUAAUUUAAGUUUUAUUCGGGUAUAUAUGAACUCAUCCAAUUUUACGUCUUGAAAGUAUUUUUUGCUUGAUGAGAUUGUACAGCUCAAGUGAGUCAUUCAGUAAUGUUACGAUAAUGUCCAGUUAUCAUGUGCACACCUUGAAUUUAGUUCUCUGUCGAUGAUAAAACAACAGGAAAGAGACUGAUGUAUGUUGGAAUGCUAUUCUUGUGAUCAUGUGAUUUGUUUGUCGUGUUGGUGAAUCAGUCAUCUGUAGACUGUCACUGGCCAUGAAGAUCAAAAAGCCGAUAAAAUUACAGAUGAAUGUGACCCCUUUUAUACCAGUUAAAGACAAUAUUGACGACAAGUAUUGUCAAUUGUUCUUCUCACCAAAUGAGGAUUAGCACUGGCAUUAACUAAAGGUGUAUGAUAUGAGGUAACAAGAACAAUAACCUUUUUUCUUUGUUAAAAAAGUUCAGGUUCAUGUUCUCUUAUUUUUCAUUUUUAUCCUGAAUGCAUAACUUUGUCAUUUCCAAAGGACUUUUGUGUCUUAAUUGUUAAAUAUAAUUAAUGCUGCAGAUUCUGCUUACAAUAGUCACUAUUGUGGUAUAUUGUCAUUGUAUCAUUUUAUUGAAAAUUGCAAAAUGAUCCAUAAACUGUUCAAGUGUGAACUCGGUUUACUACUCAUUUAUUCUAAUACUGCCAUUCUGUACUUGUCAAUCGUUGAUUUUCUUGAGUAAUAAGUAUUAAUUGUUGACUAAUCACUAUUAAUUGCUUUUAGUCGGCCAAACAGUGAGACUUGUUAGCACAAGUGCCUCACAAUUGUAAGAACCCGGAUUCAAAUCUGGCCUCAUGACGAUUUUGCAUGUUC